CUGUAACAGGUGAAGCUCUUCUGAUCCAUCCGUGUCCACCUGCAGCUCACGGGUUUGGCUUCUGCGAGUGUCACAGAGGUGUCUGGUGACCACUGCUCUCUCUCAUCUCACACUCACACUCAACUAAUGGACUGCUUUGCCCCUCCCCUCCGAUUCUCCAUCUCGGACUGGGAGGUAGUGAGAGGAGGAGAGGAGGCAACAGCCCACCGUUCCCCUGGGCCCUGCUACACGGCUCAAUAGCUCAGCUCCUGGAUGGGAUCAUAACCCUGAGUGCUGGCCAAGAGAAGAGCCGCUUCUCCUCACGUCCAGAUUUGCUGCUGCAGGGUGGAGUUUCUCCCAGGAUAACAAAACUCACUCGAACCCCACCAUGGCUGACCGUAAGGUGGCCCCGGUUGCGGUUGCGCGUCUCGUCCUGGUCGCGCCAGCCCUGAGCGGAUGCCCAAGCGCCUGCCGCUGCUCCUUCGCCAUGCUUCAGUGCCUGGAGCCGGACGGAAUCAGCAGCAUCCCCGCGCUGGCGGCGCAGGAGAGCGAAAACGUCACUGAAAUAUACAUAGAGGGUCAAACCAACCUGGAGAACAUCACAGAUGUAGACCUCCCCAACUACAGAGAACUGAAGAACCUGACGGUCACAUAUUGUGGGUUGCUGUACAUCUCCGAAAAUGCCUUCCAGCAUAAUUUCAAGCUGCAGUAUGUAAACCUGGCCUUUAAUUAUCUGGCGCACAUCAGUUGGAGAGUGUUCCAAUCAGUCCCUCUGUUGAGUCUAGUCUUGAGGGACAAUUCGCUCACCUGCUCGUGUGACAUUUACUGGCUUCAGCAGUGGCACAGAAAAAGACAAAGUGACGCUGAUUCUCAACAAACCUGCAUCCACAACGGCAACAGCAUUCAGCUGGAUUCAUUUGAAAUGGAUAACUGCAGUAUUCCCGAGGUCACAAUUCACCCCUCAACACUGACCACUCAAGAAGGUGGAAAUCUGACAUUCACCUGUCUGGUGACAGGAGUACCAACACCGGUGAUCCGCUGGAGAACAGAGCACCUACAGUCCAACUGGACCCUGCAGCGAGGAAUCUGGGGAUCAAGCCUGGAGCUGAUUCUGUACAUGAGGAACGUUUCUUCUGGAGACAACCUGCACAACCUCACCUGUGAGGCGGAGAACCGGGCAGGAAUGGGAGAAGCCGUGGUGCAGCUGGACAUUGAAUUUCCAGUGCGGAUCUUGUUUCUAAAGGACCCAGAGCCGCAACAUCACUGGUGUUUCCCAUUCGCUGUGGACAGCAAUCCUCCCGCCAGCAUCAGAUGGCUGUACAACAACCUGCCUCUCAUUGAAACACGCUACUCCUACACCGAACUCAUCCGAGAUGCGGCUGACGGCUCCAUUCAACACGGCUGUCUGUUCCUCAACAAGCCCACGCACCUCAACAACGGCAACUACACGCUCAUCGUGGAGAACAAACUGGGCAGAGACCAGGCUACAGGCUACGGGAAGUUCAUGGACAAUCCUUUUGACCCCUCUGACCCGGAGGGCAUCAUUCCUGUCCUCACCGAUGACCCAACAGCUCCCACUAACCAGUCAACGGAGACAGAGAAACUGGAGAGCAGAGUGUUUGGGGUGUCGGUAGCAGUGGGUCUUGCUGUAUUCGCGUGCACAUUUCUGCUCAUCAUGGUUGUCGUCAUCAAUAAAUGUGGACAACACUCCAAGUUUGGCAUCCACCGUUCGUCUGUUCUAGGCACUGAGGAUGAUUUGGCCGUAUCUCUUCGCUUCAUGAACUUCGGUGCAAGUCCUCCGUCUUCAGAUGAUGGCACGCUGGAUUCUGGCUUGUCUAGUUUUGUAGAGAACCCGCAGUACUUCUGUGGCAUCAUCAAAGAUAAAGAUAUGUGUGUUCAGCACAUUAAAAGAAAAGACAUUGUUCUGAAGUGGGAACUGGGUGAAGGAGCUUUUGGUAAGGUGUACCUGGCAGAAUGUGCCAACCUCUGUCCUGAUACUGACAAGAUGCUGGUUGCUAUCAAGACCUUGAAAGUGGCCAACGAGUCGACCCGGCAGGACUUCCAGCGCGAGGCUGAGCUUCUCACGGUGCUGCAGCAUGAACACAUUGUGCGGUUCUACGGCGUGUGUACAGACGGAGAACCUCUAGCCAUGGUGUUUGAGUACAUGCGACACGGAGACCUCAACCGCUUUCUAAGGGCUCACGGUCCAGAUGCUCGUAUCCUGGAUGAGAUGAAGGUUCCUCCGAUGGGUCAGUUGACUCUACCUCAGAUGCUCCACAUCGCAGCUCAGAUCGCCUCGGGCAUGGUGUACCUCGCUUCCCUUCAUUUCGUCCACAGAGACCUGGCCACCAGGAACUGUUUGGUCGGAGAAGGGCUGGUGGUGAAGAUCGGGGACUUUGGGAUGUCGAGAGACAUUUACAGCACUGAUUACUACAGGGUCGGCGGGAGGACGAUGCUGCCCAUUCGCUGGAUGCCACCAGAAAGCAUCAUGUACAGGAAGUUCACCACGGAGAGUGACAUCUGGAGCUUUGGAGUGGUCCUUUGGGAAAUCUUCACAUAUGGCAAACAACCCUGGUAUCAACUAUCCAACAGUGAGGCCAUUGAGUGCAUCACACAGGGGCGAGAGCUUGAACGACCACGUACCUGCCCGAAGGAAGUGCAUCUCCUCAUGCAGGGCUGCUGGCAGAGAGAACCGCAGCAGAGGCUCGUCAUCAAGGACAUCUACAACCGCCUCGUGGCCCUCGUCAAGAACCCGCCCGUCUAUCUGGACAUCCUGGAGUAACAGCACCCUGAAAGCACCUGCAUGGAAAAGACAUACUUCUGGAAGCAGGCUGUUUGAAGAGGAAAGUCACUGGUGGGUUUUGGACGGACACAAUUCACAAACUGUCUCAGAUGUGCAGUAUGAACCUUUGCGGUGUUUUGUUGUGUACGUUUUAAUCCACCGGACGGUGUAAGAUUGUGUACAUGUGUUCAAAUUUAAAAAAAAAAGUAAAAGUAACGGACUGAGUAAAUGGACAGUGAAUUCUUUGAAUAUGCAUUAGUGGAAAUUGCUCAUGGAUCUUCAUGACUCACCCCUGAAGAGACACUGGAUUUUCUAUAUGAGGAUACUGAUGUCAAGGUCUUGUAAUUAAAGGUCAUUAAAGGUGAAGUGUGUAAUUUUUCUCAGUCCAGUCUAAUAUGCAGUCACGAUCGAUUUUCUCAUUAAACGUAAAAAAAAAAGUUUCCCUGUUUGUUAGUGCAUACUGCCCAGCCUGACAUAGCAACAGCCCAACCAAUGGCGUGAGUCUAGGGACGGGACUUUCUGUUUGUCUGACCAAUGGGGGCUUGUAUUACAGAAUUAUCCAAACUCAUAAUCCUAUUCUAUUUCUAGCCUAGGUUUUUUGUCUCGUUUCUAGGUAAAAUAUAUAGAAUUUCCUAAAUCAAGAAGAAUUUUCAUUACAAUUUUUUGCUUACCUCAUUGUAAGCAGAUUAUUUAGCUUGUUCUGAGCAAAACGUCACCUAAUUUUGACUUCUUUUCCUGAAAACAAUACAAUACUUUUACUUGUUUAAAAAAUCCUUCUUGAUGUAAGGAUUUGUAGAUAUUUUGGCUAGAAACAAGACAAAAAGCAUGUUUUGAGGUGCAUCUGUUUUGCUAAAUUUAUGAAGGUAAAAUUAAAAACUUUUUUAAACCCCAAAAAUGAGGUUUCUGCCUUAUUUUUAAUUUUUAAUUUAAAGAUUCAUAAAUCAAUAAGACACAUUUACUUGAGGUGCAAAAGAAAUGUCUUGAAGUGAGUUUGUGAUUGAAACAAAUAUCUACCAGGGCACUCAGAAAACUGAGCUUCAUUCAAAGAGGAAAACACUUUUAGAUAUUGAUAUAGAUAUUUGUUAGACAUUGUUAUUUUAAGCAUAAACCAGUGUUUAAGCAUAAACCAGCAGACUUCGUACCUUUGUUUUGCAUCUCAAGUCAAUGAAUCCUUAUUUAAGAGUUUCUAGACAUUUUCCUGUAAAAAAGAGACAAACAUACUCAUUAAGAACAUGAUUUUUGCAAUGCACGCAACAUUUAAUGCCACAAAUGAAUGAUUCAAUGCAUUCUAAAGGAAAGAAUUAUGAUUGGAAGUUUCUGUAAUACAACAUAUUUUAACAUGCAUUACAUACUUCACCUUUAACCAUCAUGUCCCUCCCCAAACAAAGACUCUUUAAGUUGCUGUGAUUUACACAUUGUGCCAAUCUGACCGCGUUUCUUUUCUGUGUCUUGCGAUUAUGAAUAUACUACAUCAGUCUGUUAUGCGUGAUUGACACGUGCAUGUAUUGUACAUCUCUCUAUGUUAAACAGCAACAUCCUGUUACGGCUCCGA